GGUAGCCUACGCCAAGGUAAAUAGGAGGCGAGGUUCCCUUGCUUCCGUUUUACCUUGUGGGGGAGGGUACGGCUACACAUAGGCUACUGAAAUAGUAAAUGGAGUGUCAAGUCCGGUUGGUCAUGACUUCCCAGCGGUUGCAAGUUUUUCGAGGAAUACUGAGGGAGUUGCGACAUCUUUUGCCAUUUAAGGAACCUGUUACUUCAAGUUUGGAAGGCCAGUAUCUGAUAACAGAGUUUCAUAAUUAUUCCCAGGCUGGAGAAGCUUUAGCACAGAAGCUCUACUUUGAUUGUGUGUAUUAUCUUUGCUUACUUAGAAGUCAAAGAAUGGCUCAGAUGCUUCAUGAAAAAUACAAGGGGGUGGGUGAGAGGCCAGUGGAAGAAGUGGCAAGCUUAGUGGGUUUUAAGCUUCCAAAGCAAUAUCGAGAACCUUCAAAUGAUUCAAAUGAAAAAUGA